GACUGUGAAAAACGCCAAUCACUUGGUUUUUAAAAUUUUUAAAGUUUAAUAAUAAUAAAAUGGUUAUAAAAAUAGUAAUACAAUUAGAGUAAUAAAAAUUUAGAGUUAGGACAAUUAUAAGACAAUAAAAAGCAAAGAAUUACGGAUGUCCGGAUGCUCUUGGGCCCUUAAGCCGGAUAAGCAUGCCAGAUAAGCAUUCCUUUGUGAACAAAGGAAUAACCUUAAAAGCAAUAGCCUGUUGCAUAUUCAUACAUCCAUACAUGAUGCAUAAAUUCCUUGCAAAUUAAGAGCUUUUCUGGUUUUUGUCAACUUCUUCUCCUUAAUCCCGGUGGUUCCAUAAAGAUGGAGAGAAGGUGGAAGAAUGUUUGUCUUUUCCAAUAAGGAGGCUGUAACUCUUUAUGGGCCCCGUCACUGCCAUCUCUGUGCGAAGAAUUUCUUGAUUAUCUCAUCUCUUUCUUGAGCUAGUUAAAAAGUAUCUUACAUAGUAUAGAUUCUAUUUUAACAUUGUGUUAUAACCUAAAAAUACAUUUAACACACUACUUGAGAGAAUUAAUACAGCAUAAUUUUCCAACAUUACACAUAUAAUAUUCAUUGUAACAUUUGCGAAAAGCCAAUCAUAAAAUAUGCAUUUUUCACAAAUGAGAACUACCAAGAUACCAAUGAAAGCAUAAAAGAAGGCAAUGAAUACUCAGCAAAUAACCUGAUAUUUCAAGACAGUCUUGAGUACACUUUGGCUACGCAAUAACCCUUUGUGUAUUUGUUAAAAGUUCAAUAGUUCCUAAUUUUUAAUGAUUCAUUAUACAUAUAUGGAUGGCCACAGAAAACAAAACUACUUUGAAAAACAUCUGACAUAAUUUUAAGUUCCUAAAGACAUUCAGAUAAACACUUACUAGCUAAAAUUAACUAUACAUUUCCAGUAAGAAUAAUAAUUUGCAUUGGAAUACAUGCUGCUGAACAAAGGGCUUAAUGCAGUUUACAAAAAUAGAUAAUUAGGCUAUAUACAGAUUUACACUAUAGGAAAUAAUGUUAAGGAUUUGUUUGGAGUCAACACAAGAAAUUACAAAAGGGAAAGGCUUCAAAAGGCUUCAAAAGGAGAGAGAGUAGGUUUACAUUAGAUAUUAGGAAUAAAUUCUUGACUGUGAGGUUGCUGAGGCACCAUCAUGAUUGCCCAGAGCAGCUGUGGAUGCCCCAUCACUCAAAGUGCUUGAGAACAAGUUUGAGCCAGGCUCUUAGCAGCAAAAUCUAGUGCAAGUAAUCUCUCUCUCCCAAUGGCAGGGGAUCUCCAAGGUCCCUUCGACCCCAAACCAUUCUGUGGUUCCUUGAUUCAAUGUUGUUCCUCCCUCCAUUACCCCUGAGCAACAAAUCCCCAGAGAGCCCAGAACAUGGAACUCACUCUUCCGUGACAUCAGCCCCAGGACACCACAGGCAGCGUGGCCGCUGCAGGCACUGCGGCUGUGGCUGUGCUGCUGCACGGAGCUCUCAGUGCUUGCAGCUGACACGUGCCUCUGGCAGCCAUGAAUUGGCUCAGCCUCCUUGGCCUGCUGACCGUGUCUGGGCUGGCACAGAGCAUACAGACCACCUGCGGAUGGACUUGCGGCCUCCGACCCAUGGUGUCUGACUCCAUACCUCCUGAUGAUGGCAUGACACGCAUCGUGGGUGGCACAGGUGCCGAGCCUGGGGCCUGGCCCUGGAUGGUCAGCAUCCAGCACCCCUGGUUACCAGGUGCAAAGCAUUGGUGUGGAGGGUCCCUCAUCACUGCAGAGUGGGUCCUCACAGCAGCCCACUGCUUUGACAACAUCAAGAAAAUUGGCAUCCUGAACGUGGUGAUUGGGGCCGCCCAGUUGACUCAGCCAGGCCCUGGGGCAGAAGUGCGCAAGAUUAAGAGGCUACUUCGUCAUGAAAACUAUAAGAGAAGUGAUAUAAGUAAUGAUAUUGCCUUGCUGGAACUGAAUGAGCCUGUCCAGUGUAGCUCUUAUAUCCAGUUGGCCUGUGUGGCUGACCCCACCCUAAGAGUCUCAGAGCUCAUCAACUGCUGGAUUGCUGGCUGGGGUUCAACCACAGAAGGAGAUGAAGACUCAAGUGAUCACCUCCAGGAGGCCAAGGUCCAGCUCAUCGAUGUCCAGCUCUGCAACAGCAGUGGCUGGUACUCAGGGAAAAUCCACACCCACAACUUGUGUGCUGGUUACCUGCUUUGCCCGGCCACUCAGUCACCCUCCCAGCCCCACCUUCCCACCACUCUGGGGGCUUCCCACACACACACCCCAUCCAAAUCCUGCUUGCCCAAUGCCCCUCUUUUGCCAAAGGCCCAGAAAGCCCAACACGUGCCUCUGGCAGCCAUGAAUUGGCUCGGCCUCCUCGUCCUGCUGACUGUGGCCAGGCUGGUGCACGGGACAUGGGACAACUGUGGAGGGAUAUGUGGGCUCCGACCCAUGGUGUAUGAGUAUGAGUACAUGGAUCAUGACAAUGGCACGACACGUGUUGUCGGUGGUGCAGAUGCCAAACCAGGGGCCUGGCCCUGGAUCAUCAGCCUUAAGCAUCCUGCAAUACCAGGCACAAGACACCUGUGUGGAGGGUCUCUCAUCACUGCAGAGUGGGUCCUCACAGCAGCCCAUUGCUUUGACAAGAUCAGGAAAAUUGCCAUGGUUUAUCUGGUGAUUGGGGCCACCCAGUUGACUAAGCCAGGACGUGGAGCACAACUGCGACGGAUUAAGAAGUUAGUGCGUCAUGAACACUAUAAUCCAAGUGACAAAAGUAAUGACAUUGCCUUGCUGCAGCUGAGCAAGCCUGUUGACUGCAACCCCUAUGUUCAGCUGGCCUGUGUGGCUGACCCCGCCCUAAGCCUGUCAGAGGUGCAGAACUGCUGGGUGGCUGGCUGGGGUUCCACCACUGCAAGAGCUCAAAAGUCAAGUGAUGUCCUACAGGAGGCCAUGGUCCAGCUCAUCGAUGUCCAGCUCUGCAACAGCAGUGGCUGGUACUCAGGGAAAAUUCACACCCACAACUUGUGUGCUGGUUACCCUCAGGGCAACAUUGACACCUGCCAGGGGGACAGUGGUGGUCCUCUCAUGUGCCAAGAGGAAAACAGUGACUUCUUCUGGAUUGUUGGAGUAACCAGCUGGGGAAGAGGCUGCGCCAGAGCAAAGCGGCCUGGAAUCUACACCUCCACUCAGUACUUCUAUGACUGGAUUCUGGCCCACAUCGGCCUGGAGACAAUUGAAAAUGUUUCUUGAGCACCAGGAUGGGCAGCAUCAAGGGUGUACUGCAGUGCACAGCAAGUGUAUCCUGCUGGGGCAAUGCCUGUUGAUCCAAAGGCAGCCUCAGGGUCAAAACCCUGCUCUAUCCUGACCACACUCCUCUCCUCUGUGCACACAGACACUGGAAUUGAUUUAGUUGUUGAAAUAAAGUUACCUUUGUUCCCAGGGAACUAUCUUUUCAGUGCAA